AGCACUCACACCACCCAGUCCAGCACCCACCAUGGCUGACACCUGCUGCACCAGGACGUAUGUGAUUGCUGCAUCCACCAUGUCUGUCUGCUCCAGUGACGUGGGCCGUGUCAGCCGAGUCUCCUCCCCCAGCACCUGCACUGGCUCCUCCUGGCAGGUGGACAAUUGCCAGGAAAGCUGCUGCGAGCCCCGCUCCUGUGCCUACAGCUGCUGUACCCCUAGCUGCUGUGCCCCAGCCCCCUGCCUGGCCCUGGUCUGUGCCCCAGUGAGCUGUGAGCCCAGCCCCUGCCAAUCAGGCUGCACCGACUCCUGCACACCUUCAUGCUGCCAGCAUUCUAGCUGCCAGUCGGCUUGCUGCACCUCCUCCCCCUGCCAACAGGCCUGCUGUGUGCCUGUGUGCUGCAAGUCCAUCUGCUGCAAGCCCGUGUGCUGCAUGUCCAUCUGCUCUGGAGCUUCCUCCCCAUGCUGCCAGCAGUCUAGCUGCCAGUCAGCUUGCUGCACCUUCUCCCCAUGCCAACAGGCCUGCUGUGUGCCCAUCUGCUGCAAGCCCAUCUGCUGUGUGCCUGUCUGCUCUGGGGCUUCCUCUCUGUGCUGCCAGAAGUCUAGCUGCCAGCCAGCUUGCUGCACCACCUCCUGCUGCAGACCCUCCUCCUCCGUGUCCCUCCUCUGCCGCCCUGUGUGCAGGCCCGCCUGCUGUGUGCCUGUCCCCUCCUGUUGUGUCCCCGCCUCCUCCUGCCAGCCCAGCUGCUGCCACCCGGCCUCCUGCCUGUCCUUCCUCUGCCGCCCUGCGUGCUCCCGCCUGGCCUGCUGAGCCCUCUGCUCAGGCCAGGAGUCCAGCUGCUAAUGGGCACGUCCCCCAGGGCCAGCCGGCUCAGGUCCUGACCUGGGUUAAGUGGCUGCCCCUACCUGGGAUGGGGUCCCCGUGUCUCCCCUGUGCUGAGGUGACCUCCCCCUCCUUACUCCCAGGAGCCUCCAUCCUCGCUGCUCCCCAGCUCUUGCCUUCCAGCAGGUGCCCACCUGCCUGCUGGGUCCCCUGUCCUCCCUCCCAGCUUCUCUGCUCUGGGUCACUUGGCCUCGACUUGAACCUCUCGGCACCUCCUCCUACUCCCCAAUAAACUCUCCUUG